AUGUUAAAAAGUUAAUCAACAGAACUAUUUGUAAGUCCUGAGGAAUUACAGAGAAUCACUUUUUUCGCCACUCAAAAUCAAAGAAACAGUCAUAAAUCAAACAUAUCUAAUGUAAAACCGGAAGAAUAUAGCUUCAAGCCUUAGGUAAAUAAAAAAUAAUAGAUUGUAGAUAAAUAAGAAAUCGGUUAAUAUAUAAAGAACAAUUGAUGAUCUGUUAAGAUGGAAUGAAAGAAAAUCAUAAAGAUUACAAUAGUGUUAUGAUGAUGCUGUACAAGUGUAGAACUAAUUAGAUAGACAUAAGAAUUAUAAUUAAAUGCCAAUCGAUUAACACAUGAAGUUGAUACAAAUCAGCCAAGCGUUUUUGAGAGAUUAUAUGUAGUGAGAAAGAGUAAUGAGACAAUAUAAUGUAAAAGUUCCUUUGUAUUUAAUUAGAAAAUACUAAGCGUAAUACAUCAGAGUCUCAUCCAUACUUUACUAAGAAUAUGUCAAAUACAUUAUAUACAGAAUAUAAAAAAUAAAUGAGUGGUACUCCUGAACAAUAAGAAAGCGAGUAAUAACAAGUUGAGGAAUAGGAAGAACAAACUCAAAAAGUUUGUUUACCAAAUAGAUUCUAUUUUGAUUAAUCAGAAUAGAAAUAAAUUACAGAACCUGAGGUAUAAAACUUAAUAUUUUUGUAUAGCCUAAAGUAACAAUACCAUAGCAUAUGUUUGUAGAUAUUAGAGAAUAAAUUAAAUAAAUUAAUGAGGAGCCUGAGCCAGUUCCUACUAAGAAACCUUUAAAUAAAAAAGAAAUUGAAUUGAUGGUAGAGAGGUAAAGUACUCAAACCUCAUCAUUAGAAUGAACAAUUGGCAACAAAAGAGAAAUUAUAAGAUCUAAGAACAAUGGGAUAGGUAGAUGUAAAAUGAAUCCAACGAAUGUACUUUCAAUCCAAAACGUAGUUCAACUAAACAAACUAAGAUAUAACCAUCUAUUUAAAAUUCCCAAAGAGUUUCCUAAUAAUCAUCAUAUUCCAAUUUAUUUAGAAGUAAGAAUAAUUGA